CAUUGUUUUCCUUAAGUCUCUCAACAAAAAUUAAUAUAAAAAUCAUUGAAAAAAUUAUGCAAGCAUAGCUUUAGCUAUAAAAUUAUUGAAGAGCAAGUAAAAAUCGAACAAAAUAUUGUUACAGAGCACUUUUAUGAAAUUAAAGCACAGAAAUAGUAGAAAAAUAUUUGGACAGAACAGCAGAAAAAGUGCACCACAUUUCAUAUUACUUAUGUGUAUACAAAUGAGGAACAACACGGUUGCCAAGAAGACAAGAACCUCCAUCAUUGAAUAGACAUUUUAUAACAAAAAGUAGAAAAUCGGAUAAUUUUUCUGUGAAUAAGAUUUAAGAAACGUAAAUUUGGAAUAUAGAAACACUCUUUCGUCAACGACCUAACAACGACGACGUGUAAUUCUAUCUACAAAUGAAACUUAUCAAAAAAAUUUGUCACUGUUUCAUAAUAUUAUAAUAAUGACAUAGUUGAAUACUAUCAACGCAAAACUGAUAACCCUGAAUAACAAAAAAAGUGAAGAAUACCUAAUCGAACGGAAAUAGUUUAAAACAUAUGGUUUUCGGGAGAGAAAACAAGAGCAAAAUUAUUUUAAUAAUUAAAGAAAAAAAACUAGUCAUUCAAAUAUCGAUUGUUUUUUGACACAUAAAGAGAGCCAUAUAGUAUAAAAAAAGAAAACAACAAUCGAUUUUUUUUGUUUUCUACACAAACCUAAUAUCUGAGAAGAAAUCUUUUUACUUACAUUACUCGUAAAAUAUAAUACUUGGAAACAAAGUAAUUGCAGCUUAUACUUAAUUCUUGAUUUAUAGAACAUAUAAAGAAAAAAAGAAAUUUUCGAUUCUAAUCAAUUUUUGGCAACUCAACUAUAACCUGACCAUCAUAAUAAUCAUUGUCUGCAUUGCUGUAGUUUGAACUAAUGAAUGAACAACUAAUCAGUGUGAUACCAAUUUAAAAACAAAACCAAAUUUCAUCAUGAACGUUCAUCUUGAAAAGAGUGAUUUGAUAUUAAACAUUAGUCAGAUUGUUAGAAGAGCCUCAUUGAGCUUUAAGCAAUCUCAGAGUAUAAUGUUUCUUUAAAAGAACGUAUUUAUUAGAAGAAGAAGAUAAUAAAGAUACCUGACAAAAAUUGUUGUAGUUAAAUCUAUAUUACCUAUUCAACAAGAGCCUCACAAAGUUGAAGAUAAGAAGAUCAAAAGAACAUUUACUGAUAUCAUAUUAAAAAAAGACUUUGAAAAUUAUAAUUUUCAUAAUCGGCUGCAACAUUAUACAAUUGUAUGCAGCUCUUAUUCAAAUAUAAAAGUGCUUGUGAAACGUAAUGAUUUCUGGAAACAAAUUCAGAUUGCUCAUAAACAAAAUUUUCAAUAUUCGUUCGUCGUCGUUUGCCUCAGAAUCGUCGAGUACCGUCACAUCAAUCUCCUUACCAAGUAUCUGUUAUUUACGGGAUAUAGUUGACAAAAAUUCGAAUCAACGACAUCAUUAUCUUACAUCGACCAAAUCAAUUUAUGGUAGUUCGUGUGUUGACUAUCCUGAAGCUACUGCAUCGCGCUUCUUGGGAGGUUUUAAUACAAUACCAGUCUUCAAUUUGCACACCAAUAUAAUAAUGUUAGUAGAAAUGCUCGCAACUGGACUUCCGUUCGUUGGUUGGAGAGUGAAGCCAGAUCCUGGCGACUGACACUCGAUACAGCAACGUUUCAUGUCAUUUAUUAAAUCGAUUGUGUGACAAGAUAACACAAGGCUUCUUCGAGGAUAUGACUGAUUCUAAGCCAUCUUUGAGUUAUUUCUGAUCCCGUUCAAAAGGACACGAAAUACUAAAGUCCUAUAAACUUAAACCGUUUUUUUUCAUAUACAUAAAAAUAUAUAAUUACUUAAACUAUACUUAAAGACAAUAUCAAUCAUUUAAAAGUGUGAUAUAAAAUUUAAUAUUAUGAUAAUGUACAUAAAUAAGAGAUAAAAAUACGUAAUGACUUAAUGAAUUGCAAAACAAAAAAAAAAAAAACUUUAAUAGAAGUGCAGCAAAAUAAAUAAAUAUUUAAUGAUAACAAAUAGUAGGCAACAAAUAUACUUAAUUUUGAAUAAUUAUUUAAUAAUAAUAAAUAUAAGUGAAACAAGAAGUGAUAUAAAUUAGAUCACAAAACAAUUUCUUGAACACUCACAAAUUCCAAUCAAGAGUGUUUAUUUGUGUAAAAUAAAUAAAAAAAUAUCGUGACAAAAUGAAUAUUAAUCGUAAGAAUUACUCUCGGUUUUCAUUGCGUUUCCAACGAAAAGACAGUGACAGUACGAACAACUUCUAUAGUGUCAAUAACGGCAACAGCCAUCGCGUUUCUGAGAAAAAUCAACAGAAUGAGGAGCAGCAACAUCAAAACCGCGUCUUAUUGACACAACGUUCUUAUGAAAGAUGUCGCGAAAUAGCCGCUCAUCCUGAGCAAUUUACAAAAUUGCUUGGAAAAGACCAACUUCGUGCAUCAUGUUCUGCAAAAUUACAAUGCAGCCAAGACGAUGAAAUUUAUAUCACUGGAUACAAACAUUGUCGCUGGAGAGCGUUUCUCUGUUACACAUCUUUUGUAUUAACUCUCGGAUUGUUACGUUUGGUAAUGCAUUGGUGGUCACAUUGGCAUUUAAUUGCUACACAUACCAAAUGUCCUCUUGAUUGUGCAGAAAUGAUGCUCAUUACAGAACAUUAUCAAGGAAAGCAUACAAUUUAUCAUGUAAAAAAGGUGUUUGAGUUGAAUGCAAACACUAUAGCGAAAAUGAAAGAUGAAGGGAAAUUCGAUGAUCCAUAUGAAGAUAUUGAUGAAAAAGGAUUUCAAUUAGCUGUGCAUCUUAAUAGGGGGAUCUUUAAGUACACUGACAGCGUUCGUUAUUUCAUUUGCAAGAAACUACGAUACAUUUGGGAUCCACAAAUGGGCACUUUUCUUCCUUUACGCGGUUUAGACAUGAAUGUUCCAAGCACUACGUUACAUCAUCAAAAGGGGUUGUCUGAACAAGAGCAAUAUGCAAGAAGGCUUAUUUACGGCUUUAAUCAGAUCGUUAUUCCGAUGCGUGGAAUUCUGACUUUGUUAUUUUUGGAAGUUUUAAAUCCGUUUUAUGUUUUUCAAGUAUUCUCCGUUUGUUUGUGGUUCUCGUAUGACUAUUAUUACUAUGCCUCCGUCAUUAUACUUAUGUCUGGUUUUGGAAUAACGCUUUCCAUCAUACAAACGAGAAAGAAUCAACAAGCGCUACAUAGUACGGUUGCAAACUCUGACACAGCAUGUGUUCUUCGAGCGAACGGAAAAUCUGAGGUAGUUGAUACGAAAAUCCUUGUUCCCGGUGAUAUUUUGGAGAUUCCGUCGAAUGGAUGUACAAUGCAAUGUGAUGCCGUUCUUCUUUCGGGCAACUGUAUUCUCGAUGAAUCUAUGUUAACGGGAGAAAGUGUUCCGGUAACUAAAACGCCAUUGCCCUGCAAGAAAGAAUUGAUCUUUGACACGAAAGAACACGCACGCCAUACACUUUUCUGCGGAACAAAGGUUAUUCAAACACGUUAUAUUGGCAGUGAAAAGGUACUUGCUGUAGUCAUAAAUACGGGAAAUAUUACUGCAAAAGGAGGUCUCAUCAGAUCUAUUCUUUAUCCGCCGCCUGUCGAUUACAAAUUUGAACAAGAUUCGUACAAAUUUGUUUUUCUGCUUGGAUGCGUGGCAACUUUGGGCUUUUUAUACACUUUGGUGACGAAAAUUAUGAGAGGCUUACCGAGUGGUAAAAUUUUAGUCGAAUCUUUGGAUUUAGUAACUAUUGCAGUUCCUCCUGCACUCCCAGCUGCUAUGACAGUAGGAAGAAUGUACGCACAGCAACGGUUAAAGAAGAAAAACAUUUACUGUAUUAGUCCUCGAUCGAUCAAUGUUUCUGGAAGUGUUGAUUGCGUUUGUUUCGAUAAAACCGGAACUUUAACAGAAGAUGGUUUAGAUAUGUGGGGAGUUGUACCAAAAUCUUGUACGAAUAUGUUCCAAAUUCCUUUGAGACAAAUAGAACGUUUACCAAAUGAUCAUUUGUUAUAUGGAAUGGUUACUUGUCAUUCGAUUACUCUAAUGCAGGGAGAAAUGAAAGGAGAUCCAUUAGAUCUAAAAAUGUUUGAGUCUACGCAAUGGAUUCUUGAAGAGCCAAAUGUUUCUGACGACACGAAAUUCGACUUAGUUUUUCCAACAAUUGUGCGUCCUCCAAAUGCAGUUGAAAUUCAAACAAUUACGGGCGAAUUUGCAUCUCUUGAAAUUGGUAUUGUGCGUGAAUUUUCAUUCACGAGUUCCCUUCAACGUAUGUCUGUGAUAACUCGACGUCUGUGCGAUCAACAUUUUAAUGUAUAUUGCAAGGGUUCUCCUGAGAUGAUCUCUACGUUAUGUCGUCCGGAUACAAUACCUAUUGAUUUUCAUCAAAAACUAAAUAUAUAUGCGCAACAAGGCUACCGUAUAAUUGCCAUCGCAUACAAACCGCUUGCCACAAAAGUCAAUUAUCCAAAGAUACAGCGUAUUUCUCGUGAAAAAAUCGAAUGUGAUUUGGAAUUCCUUGGAUUUGUAAUUUUGGAGAAUCGUCUGAAAGCAGAUACAACAAGUGUCAUAAGUAGUUUAAUGAAAGCCAACAUCCGAACAAUUAUGGUAACAGGAGAUAACAUUUUAACUGCAUUGAGUGUUGCCAAAGACUGUGGGAUGAUUACCAAAGGACAAAAUGUUAUUAUCGUAAAUUCACGCCAAAACAACAUGAAGGCAAAUGGUCACGAAUUGUAUUAUAAUUUAUCAGGACAGGGAAAUGGCGAGAGCAAGAGUCCAACAGAAGCAUUAACUCCUAAUGGAUGCGGGGGAGAUUACGCGCUCAUGAGUAACAGCAAUAGUAUGGCAAGCAUCCAAACAGUAGACACAUUUACGCAAACAACAUCUGUAUCUCUGAAAGAUGUCGAGGCUGGUUUUAAAAUUGACGAACUUGAAGGGCGUAUGGAACAUGACAAAAACAACUACAGAUUUGCAAUGACGGGAAAAACAUGGGCUAUGAUUCGAGAAUACUUCCCGGAUCUUGUUUCGAAAUUUGUUACAAGAGGAACAAUUUUUGCGCGAAUGUCGCCCGAUCAGAAACAACAAUUGGUAAUGGAGCUACAAGAUUUAGGUUACUAUGUUGCUAUGUGUGGUGAUGGAGCAAAUGAUUGUGGAGCAUUAAAAGCUGCGCACACGGGAAUUUCUUUGUCAGAUGCUGAAAGCUCUGUAGCAUCUCCUUUUACUUCAAGAAAUCCCACAAUAGCAUGCGUUCCGAGUAUCGUGAAAGAAGGUAGAGCUGCUUUAGUCACGUCAUUUGGCAUUUUCAAAUACAUGGCAGCAUAUAGCUUGGUUCAGUUUGCAUCCGUUAUCAUUUUAUAUUCGAUCGACUCGAAUUUGACAGAUUGGGAAUACUUGUACAUUGAUUUAUUCAUGAUAUCUAUUUUCGCCUUUUUCUUUGGCAAAACAGAAUCGUAUGAUGGUCCUUUAACUAAACAGGCGCCACUUAAUUCUCUUAUUGCUAUGAGCCCCAUCGCAUCAUUAGCUUUGCACUUGAUAGUAGCAAUUAGCUUUCAAAUUAUCGGAUGGUAUCAUGUUAAAGCUCAACCAUGGUUCGAGCCCUUCGUAUUUACGGAAGAUAAAGAAGAGAAAAAUCAACUUGGUUGUCACGAGAAUUAUACAAUUUUUGUCAUAUCCUGUUUUCAAUACAUCAUUUUAGCAUUCGUUUUCAGUAAAGGAGCGCCGUACAGAAAAUCUGUCAUAUCUAACUAUGGUUUUCUCAUUUCCAUUCUCGUAAAUACUACAAUUACAGUUUACAUUGCCCUUUUUCCGUCAGAUUGGCUAGCUGAACAUAUGGGUCUCGUUGUUCCUCCAGACAUGAAUUUUCGCCUCACAUUGAUCGGAUACGGAAUUGUCAGCUUUAUCAUUGCCUUAAUCAUUGAAAUGCUUAUAAUUGAGUAUUUCCUAUCCAAUAAAUUACGAUACAAAUUUCACAACAUUCACAAGUCACAUAAAAAAUUCCUUGCUAUUGAAAACGAUUUACGACGUAAUCCGAAUUGGCCUCCAAUUUCAAGUCUUACAUCCGAGAUAUUACCAAACAUCGACGAUAAAUCGUCGCCUAUGUCGUUUGCAGAGUUGUCUGUUGUUGAAAACACUGAUGUUGAUGCAACAACGCUCGAACAAAGUAGCAUUUUGAAUAGCUUUUUCGAACAAUACGAAGAACUCGACGAUGUUAUGGUUGAUCAUCCGAGUAGCGAGAGCAAAUCUAGUCCAGAACCAAAAUCACCAUCGAUAUCUUCCGUACUUGGAUUGGAACAAGCUUUGCCGGGAAUGGUUCGUGCAAGACAAGAUAGCGGAAUCGAAUUGGGUAUAGGUAAUAAUGCCAAUGGCAUAAAGUCUCCUGUUAAGGGUUUGAAUUCGUCACAGAAUGAUGCACAAGUGUUAUUAAAUGGACACGACGAUGCGAAUAACAGAGACGAACUAGAGAUGCUUAAUAUAAAUAGUAGUCAAUGUGAAACUAGUUAUUAUACUAAAGAAAAAAAUUCAAAAGAGGAAAGCUGAGUGUUAAUGAAAUGUAGAUUAUUUGAAUUAAACUUGUUAGAAUUUUUUCGGAAAACACUUGAAAUCUUAUUUGUUAGUAAAAAUGUAAACAUAAUUGAAACAAAGUUCACCAUAAUAAUUGUGUUAAAUAUAUUUACCUAAUAGUAAAUGUCUUUUAAAGUAUGUCAUUUUUGUAUCUUUCAAACUCUUUGAAUGUAGCUUAUCUUACUUCAAUAUUUUAAUGAACAGUAAAAAUUAUUGAAAUUGUUAAAUAAAUUAAAUAAUAAGAAAAUUGAUCGUUCACACAAUUAUUAGAAAGAACACUUCUAAAGUGAAACUACUUGUUUUUUGUUUUAAAAUUUGCU